UCGGUCGAGUCGAGCUGGGUGCAAGGUAACGAAGGGGAAGGAAGGACCGAGCUGGUGAAUCGAGCGCAAGGUUCCCGAGUCACCUGCGCCCCUCGGAGCUCGACCACCGGAAACCUCUGCACCUUCGGCUGGCUAUUUUGCGGUGUGGAUAGAUUCACCCGUAGGAGCCAUGAGUUAUCAAAUGUCGUCGAAUCAGUCCAGACCCAUGUCUCACGGGAACUACCAGGGUCCCAAUGACGGGUUACCCAUGGGUUCGGCAAAGGAACAAACCCUGAUGUGGCAGCAAAACUCGUACAUGGGUGAUUCUGGAAUUCAUUCUGGAGCUGCCACUCAGGCUCCUUCGUUAUCCGGGAAGGAGGAUGACGAGAUGGAGGGAGAUCAGCUGAUGUUCGAUCUGGAUCAGGGUUUUGCUCAAGGCUUCACCCAGGAUCAAGUGGAUGAAAUGAAUCAACAGCUGAGUCACACACGGUCUCAGCGUGUCAGAGCAGCUAUGUUCCCCGAGACUCUGGAGGAAGGAAUUGAAAUUCCAUCGACACAAUUCGACCCGGCCGAACCAACAGCUGUUCAACGUCUGGCUGAACCAAGUCAGAUGUUAAAACACGCUGUGGUCAAUCUAAUCAAUUACCAGGACGAUACCGACCUGGCGACGCGUGCAAUUCCGGAAUUAAUAAAACUACUAAAUGAUGAGGAUCAAGUGGUCGUAUCUCACGCAGCAAUGAUGGUCCAUCAGCUGUCCAAGAAAGAAGCAUCCCGUCAUGCCAUAAUGAACAGCGCCCAAAUGGUGGCAGCUUUGGUGCGAGCCAUAUCAAACAGUGAUGAUCUCGAAUCCACCAAAGCAGCUGUAGGAACUCUGCACAACUUGUCGCACCACAGACAAGGAUUGCUCGCUAUCUUCAAAAGUGGAGGAAUUCCAGCUCUCGUCAAACUUCUUAGCUCUCCGAUGGAGUCUGUGCUCUUUUAUGCAAUUACGACAUUGCACAAUCUCCUGCUCCACCAGGAUGGCUCCAAAAUGGCGGUCAGGCUGGCUGGUGGGUUGCAAAAGAUGGUAGCCCUGCUUCAGAGAAACAAUGUCAAGUUUCUGGCAAUCGUCACCGACUGCCUGCAGAUUUUAGCAUACGGCAAUCAAGAAAGCAAACUCAUCAUCUUGGCUUCCCAGGGACCCAUCGAACUCGUGCGCAUUAUGCGCUCUUACGAUUACGAGAAGUUACUCUGGACGACUUCUAGAGUUCUCAAAGUAUUGUCGGUGUGCGCCAGCAAUAAGCCAGCGAUCGUCGAAGCUGGUGGCAUGCAAGCCCUGGCGAUGCACCUCGGUAAUCCGAGCCAGCGACUCGUGCAGAACUGUCUCUGGACCUUGCGCAACCUUUCCGACGCCGGCACAAAGGUUGACGGACUCGAGGGACUUCUCCAAAGCCUGGUCCAAGUACUAACGUCGAGCGACGUCAACGUCGUCACUUGCGCGGCCGGCAUUUUGUCGAAUCUUACCUGCAACAACCAGCGCAACAAGGUAACCGUGUGUCAAGUCGGUGGAGUCGACGCUCUUGUUCGCACAAUUGUCAAUGCUGGUGAUCGAGAAGAGAUCACGGAGCCGGCAGUCUGCGCUUUGCGUCACUUAACGUCUCGCCACGUCGACGCGGAGAUGGCUCAGAAUUCAGUCCGUCUGAAUUACGGCAUCCAAGUUAUAGUCAAAUUGUUACAUCCUCCGUCUCGUUGGCCGCUGGUCAAGGCGGUGAUCGGGCUGAUCAGGAAUCUUGCUCUAUGCCCGGCAAAUCAUGCACCCUUGCGCGAUCACGGCGCCAUAAAUCAUCUCGUCAGGCUCCUGAUGCGUGCCUUCCAGGACACUCAGAGGCAACGGUCCUCGGUGGCGAGUACAGGCAGCCAGCAAGCACAAGGAGCCUACGCAGAUGGGGUUCGCAUGGAGGAAAUCGUGGAGGGGACCGUCGGUGCACUGCACAUCCUCGCCAGGGAAUCGCACAAUAGAGCCAAUAUUCGUGCUCAAAACGUCAUCCCCAUAUUUGUUCAGUUGCUGUUCAACGAGAUCGAGAACAUACAGCGCGUCGCUGCUGGGGUCCUCUGCGAGCUGGCAGCUGAUAAAGAGGGCGCUGAGAUGAUCGAGCAGGAAGGUGCCACGGCGCCGCUGACGGAACUGCUGCAUUCCAGGAACGAGGGGGUAGCGACUUACGCGGCUGCCGUCUUAUUCCGCAUGAGCGAAGACAAGCCUCAGGAUUACAAAAAGCGGCUCUCGAUGGAGCUAACUAAUUCGCUGUUCCGCGAAGACACCAACUUGUGGAACAACUCCGAUUUCGGCAUGGGCCCCGAUCUUCAGGACAUGCUCGGUCCCGACCAAGGCUAUGACGGUAUGUAUGGCCAAGGACCCCCUAGUGUACACAGCAGCCAUGGAGGCCGGGGCUACCAACCUCAAGGUUAUGACCAGAUACCAAUAGACUCGAUGCAAGGACUAGAGAUCGGGGGUGGAUCGACGUACGGUGCGAUGGACACCAUGGACGUGAUCCACGAGGACGACCUGAGCUUCGACCACCUGGAGGAACUCCCGGCGCCGCCCCAAGACAACAACCAGGUGGCUGCCUGGUACGACACCGACCUGUAGACCCCCGAGGGUCUGCUGAUCAGCGUCGUCCCGACACCGAUGUCGCCGGCAGGCGACCUCUCGCCUCCCAGUUUUACGAUUUUUUACGUUUCUUACCACGUAAGAGGGUCUGCGAAUGUUUGCGUCAUUUCCUAGGUCCGGUCGGGAUUUCAUCGAUCGAGCUCGCGUUAUACGAGCGCGCCACUCUUGGCCGGGACUGAAGAGUCGACGGACCUAAAUAAGAGCGUUCCCUUCAAACGGCUCGACGUGAUGUGUGGACGGUCUCGGUGGGAUCCGCUCGAUGUCCUUUUGACGAUGGAUCAUGUGGACGGAUAGAGCUUACAGGGCUCUCUGAAAGCCCCGUCUGCUGGUAGGGACCUCGUGCUACCGAGGGUCUGAGAGAAGAAGCCGUUAACCUUAAGGCGACGCGAAGGUGCCGUCAAAGAGGUCUCGUUUAUCAAGCUAUCCUCCGAACCGCGUAUACCGAAUCGCUUGAAACUUAACGACGCGAAUACAGAAGCCAUAUGGAAAGUCCCGACACCCAUAGAAUUUCAAUUUUUUAAAAAUUUGUUCACUCUUGUUUUCCAAAUUUUUUAUGAAAAAUAUGAAAUUUCCCUAGUGUCGGGGUCUUCCUUGUAGCCUCACGUGGUAAUGUCUGGGGCGAUUGGAUGCACUCAGUUCGUAGGAAAGUUUCGGGAAUGAUUGAGCCUUUCGGGUGCCACUUUCACGUCCCCUUAACGCUGAAAUGCUGAUCUUGUAGGGGGAGUAGAUGACGAGGGCGAUCCGACACUGACGGAAAGUAGUCUACGGUGGAGGUUUAAUUUAACUCCCGGGUGAUCCCUUGACGACGCGUUUUAUCGCGGAUUUACUUCUCUUCCGUCAGCCCAGCAGAAAUUGCACCGAUAAACGGCGCUAUACCCGGCCAGUUGCGACAGCCUGAUGGCUUCGGACGCGAUCGGCGUUGCAGCAGCCCUCGAGCCUCGGAUUGUUCUCGGCAUCCUUUUUCUGUCUCAUUUUAUCUACGCUGUUAGGCAUUCGGCGUCAUGGUUAACAGCUUCUUUACGGCCAUCGGAUGGGUAUGCCGCUUUUAAAGAGCCCUGUUAACGUCAAUCGGGACACUCUUUACAGCGCCGAGAGUGCGUCGAACCCUCGGACAUGUCGGCGAUGUCUGGUGCGACGUCCAUCUUUCUCUAUGCCUGCGGACUGUCGCAGCUGGCCGUGUAUCGUAUCUCCGUUUUUUCAUGCGACAAUUUCUGCCGGGCUGGCGGAAUCAUCCUGGUCCACCUAGGGAUAAGGUUUAGUUGAAAUAGAUAAUCAAAGUCGAGAGGGAUUAAUCGAAGAAUCGUGCGCAGACUGCUUUCCGUCGGUGUAGCAUGUUAUUUCGGAUACAGUUUUACCGUAUAGUUUUUAGAGUCGUCGGUCGUGCCGUUUCUUUAGUGAGAUUAUCAUUAACCAAUCUCAGCCGUGCGAUAUCUCGGGAAGAUCCACCGCGACGAGUUCGAUCUCUGAAGAAUUUUAUAUAUUUGUUUUUUGUUGCCCCUCCCCAUUUUUUUUACGUCACCGCGAUGUAGGUUACCAUUUCGAGAAUCGCCUCCGAGAGCUUUUUGUCCCGUGAACCUUUUGGUGUAUUUUUUAGGGUUUUUUUUUCUCCUUUUUUUUUCUCUCUUUUUGGUCAAUCUCGCAUCGAAGACAAUGACGGGAGUACAAUCCGAGGUCUCGGGGAGAUCAUUCAUAAACGCCUAGAGUAAUGCAUUUACAUCUACGCUAAACACAAUCCUCCACGAGGAAACGAACCAUUAUUAGUGUCGUUCGAGUAUCAAUUACGCUACAAAUAUGAAUAUACACGAUAUCGAAUCUUCGCAUUACGCAUCUUACAGGGUAGUAACCUUUAAUUUGUAUAUCGUUACGAUUAGCUCCGGCGCGAACUAAAGUGAGGCCGCUCCCGAGAGAACGAGAGGGGGGUUAAGUGAUUUGAACAAAGAAGUAAAAAGAUAAGAAAGGAGGAGAAAAGAAGACAAAAAAAGAAGAAGAAGAAAUUAAGAGAAACAAGAAGCGCGGACACUUAUUUACUCGGUCGCGCCGUCGAGAGAGAGGAAAAAUAUUUAGUCUUACUUAAGCGACACGUAAUUCGUACACACACAUGUAUAUGUAUAUCGUAUAUAUUAAUUGUCCUUGCGAAUAAAGUGACCGAGUAACGAGUAA